AAUUAUUCUUACGACUAUAUAAAACCUAAAGCCAGUGUUUAGUGUGAUCAGUUCAGUUCAGGUAUUGAUAUCAAACAGUAAAUUGAUAUUCCAUCGAAAAAAAUGUUCAAAUUCCUAUUUUUGGUUGCUUGUGCGUUGGUUGCAGUUAACGCGGUGAGUGAACAACUGAAGAAUGAAUUCAUAGAAAAAAUGACGAAUAUAGGUGGACAGUGUGCUAAGGAGGUUGGAGCUAAUGAAGAGGAUAUUGCUGAACUAUUAGCUCACAAAGCACCAUCAAGACAUGAAGGAGAAUGCAUGAUCUUCUGCUUCCAUAAGCAUUUAGGUUUGAUGAAUGAAGAUGGAACUUUCAGCAAGGAAGGUGGAUUGAAGGCUUUAGAACCAGUGAAAGCAGAUGAUCCUAAACUCUAUGAGAAAUUGAUAUCUAUUGGAAAGAUGUGUCAAGAAGAAGUUGCCAAGGACGAUGACAAAUGUAAAUAUGCUACUCAAUUGACCGUGUGUGGAGUGAAGAAAGGAAAAGAGAUGGGAUUGGAUGCUUCAAUGAUCCAUUGAAAGGUCCAGUGAAAUAAAAAUGAAAUAUUUAUUACGAUGUAUGUAUAGUUGUAAAAAUUUGAAUAAAAGAUUUUGAAGGCA